AUUUAUUUAUCAUUCCAUUUCUCAUUGUAUCUUCAUCAGUCUCUUCUUAUUCCAUUUUUUCAAACCACUUGCAAAAUUCGAAUCAGAUCUUCUCUUCAAUCGAAAAAAAAGAAAGGUAAAUCUCUCUCUCUCUAAUCAUCGUUCGUUUCGUAGUUUCUUCUUCUACGUGUAGAUCUGAUCUUUGAUUGUAUGUUUCUGGAGAUCUCGAUCUCAUCGAUUCUCUGUUCUUAUCACUGAUUCAGUGUGUUUGAUAUCUAAAUCCGAUUUGUGUGUAGGAUGUUAAAAUUUAGGUUUCGGUUUUGUUUCUGCUUUUGAACGAUUUUGCUCUAGAUUCGUUAUCCGUGAAGAACAUAGACGAGUAUGUAGAUCUUACUUCGGAUUCGCGUUGAAGAAUUUUCUCUAGAUUCGUCACCUAUGAAGAAGAUUCAUUGUGUUCUUAAUCUAGAUGAUUAGGAUUUGCUCUAGAUUGUUGAAUCGAAGAUGUCGACAAGGGAAGAGAAUGUUUACAUGGCGAAAUUAGCCGAACAAGCUGAACGUUACGAAGAAAUGGUUGAAUUCAUGGAGAAAGUUGCGAAAACUGUUGAUGUUGAGGAACUUUCAGUUGAAGAGAGGAAUCUUCUCUCUGUUGCUUACAAGAACGUGAUUGGAGCGAGAAGAGCUUCGUGGAGAAUCAUUUCUUCGAUUGAGCAGAAAGAAGAGAGCAAAGGGAACGAAGAUCAUGUUGCUAUUAUCAAGGAUUACAGAGGAAAGAUUGAAUCCGAGCUUAGCAAAAUCUGUGAUGGGAUUUUGAAUGUUCUUGAAGCUCAUCUUAUUCCUUCUGCUUCACCAGCUGAAUCUAAAGUGUUUUAUCUUAAGAUGAAGGGUGAUUAUCAUAGGUAUCUUGCUGAGUUUAAGGCUGGUGCUGAAAGGAAAGAAGCUGCUGAAAGCACUUUGGUUGCUUACAAGUCUGCUUCCGACAUUGCCACUGCUGAGUUAGCUCCUACUCACCCGAUAAGGCUUGGUCUUGCACUCAACUUCUCUGUGUUUUACUAUGAAAUCCUCAACUCGCCUGAUCGUGCUUGCAGCCUCGCAAAGCAGGCGUUUGAUGAUGCAAUCGCUGAGUUAGAUACAUUGGGUGAGGAAUCAUACAAGGACAGUACACUGAUUAUGCAGCUUCUUAGAGACAAUCUCACUCUCUGGACUUCAGAUAUGACUGUAACAGGAGAUGAGAUUAAGGAGGCAUCAAAGCCCGAUGGUGCCGAGUAAACCCGAAGAAGAGGAAGAGUCAUUUUAUAAUGGUAGAAAACUUUCAUGUGAUAAUCUGAGUGAGGGAUAGCUCAGGAUUCUUAUAAGAGACACAGUUUUAUUGUUGUUUGUUUGUUUUGAAACUACUUGCGAUUUAUCAUUCCUCCUUUAGCUUCCUCAAUAUUUCCUAUUCUCCUUUCUAAUGAAAUCAAAACUUGGUUAUUUCUGAUAUGGUAGUUGUCUUUAUUUUCU